AUGGAGACUAUAACGAUCGUACAGCCAAGAGCCCCGGCGACGGCUAUUUCGGAGAAGUACAAUGUGUGUGGAGCUAUCACAACCGGGGUUAUGCUCAUACUCUGCGCUGUAGGCGCUGGGGUUUGUGGUGCAGUCUCUACAGGCUAUCAAGUUAAGGCGACAGGUCUUCAAUUCACCGAAAUGGCCGUCUUCCUCCUGACGGCUAUUCUCGCCUUGUCAUCGAUGUGUAAAAAUAAGUGCAUGAUUGGGAUCACCAUGUCUGCUUGCAUCAUAUCAACCUUGAUGGCCCUGGGAGGCUUGGUAUAUUAUUCAUCACAAAUAUACCAGCUCUCGGUAUCGCAGGCUGACGGAUCAGUCAUAUUGGGCAUCGUUUGUGGGAUGGCUUUUAUCAACCUUCUGGCGUUCAUCACAGCACUAACAGGGUCUGUCUAUUGCUGCACGGGACUGGAAUGCUGUGUCUGCGAAUACUGUGUGUGUCCCACAUGUGAUGCGAUGUCGUAUACCAUUUAAAGCCCUACUGCACUAGUUUGACCAAGAGGGAUUCAACCUCCCUGCAUGGUUACUGACAGGUGGUUGGUUAUCUCACCAAAUCAUGAGCUUCCAUGAAACGACCAGCUGAACGGACCUUAACUCAAUCAAAAUGACGCCCCAUGCGCAACAGGUACAAGACAAAAUGUAAAAACUGACAAGAGUUCCUAAUACACUAAAAAAAAAAAAAAAAAAAAAAAAAAA